ACUGCCCGCUGCCCACUCUCCGCUCCCCACUACCCACUCACCAGUCAUGCCACUCACUUCAAAGUCUCCGAUAUAAAUAGCCCUCUCCGUCAAAUUAGUUUAAUUAAAAUUUUUCUCUCUCUAUUUUUCCCUAUCUUCUCUCCGCAGAUCUGAUCUUCAACCGGACGACACAAGGCUACACUUCUGAGAAGUUGCUGAGCUCGCAAAAAGAUAAAUUAAGAAAUCAUGGGUCGUGGAGUGAGCAGUGGUGGAGGACAAAGCUCUCUUGGCUACCUCUUUGGAAGUGGUGAGGCACCAAAACCUGUCACAAACAGUGCAGAAGCUCCUAAAAACCAGGCACCAGUUGAGACCAAUGUGGUUUCUCUGAAGCCUACUUCUGUUGCACAACCUGUUGAUGCUUCUAAGCAGAUUCCUGCUGGCAUCCAGGGAAACAAAGCAAACAACUAUUUCCGUGCUGAAGGGCAGAAUAGUGGCAACUUCCUCACUGAUCGGCCGUCUACCAAAGUCCAUGCUGCCCCUGGUGGUGGAUCUUCGCUGGGUUAUCUGUUUGGAGGUGGCAACAACUAAAUGUUGUGUAUCAUCAAAGAUGAGAUUGUUCUUCCCAAAUGUCUAGGCCUCCUUUCAAAUUGGGGCAAACAAUAUUUUCAACUGUUUGGAGACAUUUUGAAAUGUAAUAUAAUCCUUUUUCUGGUUCAGUGUCAGGGACGGGAUUUUAGCAUUUUUAUUGAACCUUUUGUUUUCAUAGAUGAGGAAUCCCCACCCUGGCUUUUGUUUCUCUCAACUAAAUCAAGUUUAUCUACUGUUAACUAUUGUAUUCUUCAUGCUAAUGAUGUUUAUUAUUUGUGUGAA